GUACGUACGUGCAGAGCGUGCCUCCCGAUCUGCUGCUGCUCAGCUGCGGCAAGGCAACCCGGCGGCUGCUCCGUCCGCUCCAUUUGGCCGGCGCGGCGCCCCCCUCCCUCUGUCCUGCCCGAGUCUGCUCUCUUAUCUCUCUCUCUCUGUGUCGCGCGCGCGCGCGAGCGAGACAUGGGACGGCAGCGGGAGUGGCACUGAUCUCGGCAAUGGCGGCGGGGGGUCUGCUUCGUCGGCGUCCACGGGGUCCAGAUGCUUGUUGUGCAGUCUAAAUGAGACCUGCAAGAGCUAAAAUUUGGCAGUCGGGGUGAUGCUAGCGAUGAGGCUACUCGUGCUGGCAGUUGUAAGCACCGUGCUUGCGAACUCGCUGUUCUUGGAAGUCCACGGAGGUGAAUUGCUUCUGAACUGUGGUUCGAACUUGACUGUCAAUGCUGACGGCAGGAGAUGGAUCGGCGACAUGGCCCCUGGGCAGAAUUUUACAUUGAGCAGCCCUGGAAUAGCUGCAUCGCUGGCCGGGAGCAGCAACGGCAAUGAAAUCUUUGGGCCGGUGUACCAUUCAGCUCGUUUCUUUAGCACCGCAUCUUGGUAUAACUUCAGCGUGCUGCCGGGGAACUACUGUAUCAGGUUGCAUUUCUUCCCUUUCACAUUUGGGAAUUUCAGUGGGAACGAUUCAUCGUUUGAUGUUACUGCAAAUGAUUUCAAGCUGGUCUCGAAAUUCAAUGUGUCAGAGGAGAUUGUUUGGAGGAGCACCGUGAGCAAUUCAACCAUCAGUGCGGUCGUCAAGGAGUACUUUCUUGUAGUUGAUGCUCAUGGCCUGGAGGUUGAAUUUGAUCCGAGCCCUGGGUCGUUUGCCUUCGUGAAUGCGAUUGAGGUGAUGCUCACUCCAGAUAACCUGUUCAAUGACACGGUGAACAAAGUUGGCGCUGGAGAUGGGCAGCUUCCUCUUGGCUUAAGCAGCAGAGGCCUAGAGACAAUGUACCGGUUGAAUGUUGGAGGACCUGCACUUAAAUCUUCCAAGGAUCAGUAUCUACACAGACCUUGGUACACUGAUGAAGCAUUCAUGGUUUCUACAAAUGCUGCUAUGAUUGUGUCCAACGGUUCAAGCAUAAGCUAUCUCUCAAGCAAUGACUCCUCGAUUUCUCCCAUUGAUGUAUAUGAGACUGCAAGAAUAAUGGGCAACAACAUGGUUGUGGACAAGCGGUUCAAUGUGUCAUGGCGAUUCUAUGUCCACCCCAACUUUGAUUACUUGGUCCGCCUUCAUUUCUGUGAGCUUGUCUAUGACAAGUCCAACCAAAGGGUCUUCAAGAUCUACAUCAACAACAAGACAGCUGCUGAGGACUAUGAUGUGUAUGUCAGGGCAGGGGGUAUGAACAAGGCAUAUCAUGAAGACUAUUUUGACAACUUGCCACAGCAGGUAGAUUCACUUUGGCUUCAGCUAGGCCCUGACCCCAUGACCAGUGCUUCAGGCACGGAUGCACUUCUGAAUGGUUUGGAGAUAUUCAAGCUCAGCAGGAAUGGCAACCUCGCUUAUGUUCUUGGCCAUAUUGACAUGGGUAACCAAAGGGGUAUUUCCAAGGAUAGAGACAGGAAAGUUUUAUGGGAAGAAGUCAGUAUUGGGUCUGCUUCUUUUUUGGCACUGACAGGUGUUGUUCUAUUUGCAUGGUGCUAUGUAAGAAGGAAACGAAAAGCUGUUGAGAAGGAGUCCCCACCUGGUUGGCACCCACUGGUCCUCCAUGAGGAUAUGAAAAGCACCACAGAUGCCCGUGCAACCGGUAAAUCACCCUUGACACGCAAUUCAUCUUCCAUUGGUCACAGAAUGGGCAGAAGAUUCAGCAUUGCAGAGAUAAGGGCGGCCACAAAGAACUUUGAUGAGGCUUUGCUUAUUGGUACUGGUGGUUUUGGCAAGGUUUACAAGGGUGAGGUCGAUGAGGGUACUACAGUGGCAAUCAAGCGUGCAAAUCCAUUAUGUGGCCAGGGCUUGAAAGAAUUCGAAACGGAAAUUGAGAUGCUCUCCAAGCUUAGACACCGGCACCUUGUUGCAAUGAUUGGCUAUUGUGAAGAGCAGAAGGAAAUGAUUCUAGUCUAUGAAUACAUGGCAAAGGGGACAUUGCGGAGCCAUCUUUAUGGAAGUGGUCUUCCACCUCUGACAUGGAAGCAACGUGUUGAUGCCUGCAUUGGCGCAGCUCGUGGACUUCACUACCUCCACACUGGAGCAGACCGAGGUAUAAUCCAUAGGGAUGUGAAAACUACAAACAUCUUGUUGGAUGAUAAUUUUGUUGCAAAGAUAGCAGAUUUUGGGUUGUCUAAAACUGGUCCAACACUGGACCAGACCCAUGUUAGUACGGCAGUCAAGGGAAGCUUUGGGUACCUUGAUCCAGAGUACUUCCGGAGGCAGCAACUCACACAAAAAUCUGAUGUCUAUUCUUUUGGAGUAGUGCUCUUUGAAGUCGCUUGUGGAAGACCAGUUAUAGACCCCUCGUUGCCCAAGGAUCAAAUCAACUUGGCAGAAUGGGCAAUGAGAUGGCAGCGCCAGCGUUCACUGGAAGCAAUAGUGGAUCCCCGGCUGGAUGGUGACUUUUCAUCAGAAUCCUUGAAGAAGUUUGGUGAAAUUGCAGAGAAGUGCCUUGCUGAUGAUGGGAGAAGCAGGCCAUCAAUGGGCGAGGUCUUGUGGCAUCUGGAAUAUGUGCUACAGCUCCAUGAAGCUUACAAACGCAAUGUGGACUGUGAAUCAUUUGGAAGCAGUGAACUGGGGUUUGCCGAUAUGUCCUUCAGCCUACCUCACAUCAGAGAGGGAGAAGAGGAACAUAACUCAAAGCCAUCUAGUAUAAGAGAAGAUCCAAACACUUGAGGGUUUCUGACAUCUGGUAACCCACUGAAAUAUCUUGAUUGAAUUGUAGCGAUGGUCUUCUUGUAAAAUUGUGUGAUAUUGCUCAUGUAGGUUCUUAGCUGUGCCGGUUUCUUCUGAGAUUUUUUCUUUGGUGUCCUCCUGUUCAACAAGUGUAGAAUAAUAGGAUUUUUGUAGAUUGCCAAACAAACAAAAAAAACAUGGAAGCGUCAAGUUGUUCCUUGACAUCCUGCUGUACCAUGAUAUUUGUUUAACAACUGGAUUUAGGUCAACCUGUGUGACCUGUAUAAAUCGUACUGAUAAUAUAAUUAUCUCUUUCAA